GAUGGUUUUCAACGAUAACAUAGGAUAAACUGUCGCUUAUGUUGGCAAUGUGAGAAUUUUGAGGUGCGCUGUCUCUGGUCCUGAAUGAAAUUUCAGGGAAUCUUUUAACAUCAUAUUUUGAGAACAAAUAUAUAUCUUUAUAUUUGGUACAAAUCAUAGAUUGUCCAGAAUGGUUCGAAUGAAUGUCCUUGCAGACACUCUUAAGUCGAUAAACAACGCUGAAAAACGAGGAAAACGUCAAGUUCUAAUUCGACCAUGUUCAAAAGUAAUUAUCAAGUUUUUAACAGUGAUGAUGAAACAUGGUUACAUAGGAGAAUUUGAAAUUGUAGAUGACCACAGAGCAGGAAAAAUAGUUGUGAAUUUAACUGGGCGACUAAAUAAAUGUGGUGUUAUCAGUCCACGCUUUGAUGUACAGCUAAGAGAUUUAGAGAAAUGGAUGAGAAAUCUUUUGCCUUCCAGACAGUUUGGGUAUCUUGUUUUAACCACAUCAGGAGGCAUUAUGGACCAUGAAGAAGCAAGAAGGAAGCAUCUUGGUGGGAAAAUCUUGGGAUUUUUCUUUUAGUGUAUCAUCAGUAAAAAAAAUAAAGUUAAAAAAAUA